GAAUAAAAUAAUAGUGUCAAUAAUGGUUAAAGUAAUGAUGAAAGAUUUUUUACAAGGGAUCGCAAUAAAGACUCCCAUAAAAGCCAGAAUGGACUCAUGCAGUAUGUGUAUGGGAAAAUCAUCACAUCUGGAUUAUAAUUAAGCAACAAUAAAAUGGGAAAAUAUUUCAAAUGUUUGCAGCAUGUUCAUGUAAUGGCACUACUAGUUUUACUUGCAAAUAUUGAAAGAUCAGUAAGUGAACCUGGAAAAACAGUUCAAGCAGCACCUGGCAAUAAAACUGAAGAAUUUGGACAGAGUAUAAACAAAUUCUCGAUUGAACUGUACAAAACACUCCUAAGCAGUUAUCCCGACACUAGUUCAGACACUGAUAAUAUUUUCUUCAGUCCGCUCAGUAUUGCAGCGGCACUUAUCGUAACAUCCUUUGGAACAAGUGGUAAUUCAACAGCCCAGAUCAGAAAAGUUUUAACGGAUGAUUUUGUUGGUGACGUACAUGCUACCCUCGCACGUCUCCUUGAUGACCUCGCAGAAGACAAUGAAGACUACAAACUGACUAUCGCUAAUGGCCUCUUCCCAGAUGAACAAUUUACAAUUUUGUUAAGAUACAUGCGACAAGUGGAAAAUUACUAUGGGAGAAUUCUGAAAGAGGUAGGCUUCUCAAAUAAAACAGAAAAUGCUAGGAAAUUCAUCAACUUGUGGGUGGCCAAGAAAACUAACAACAGAAUUACUGAUCUUCUUGCCCCAGGAACCAUAUCUCGUGACACAGUAAUGGUUAUUGUAAACACAAUCUACUUCAAUGCACCAUGGGCGACACCUUUUAAUAAAGAAUUAACAAGUAAGUCAACAUUUUUUGGACUAGAUGGAGUGAAACUGGUUGACACAAUGUACAACAAAUCAACGUUCCAAUACGGCGCUAGCAAUACUCUCCAAAGUGACUUAGUCGAGUUAAAUUACCAAGGUGAAGAAUUCAGUAUGUUGAUACUUCUUCCAUGGCAUUACAAUGGUCUAUCGAAACUGGAAUCAAGCCUUACGGUGGAUAACCUCAACGCAGCCAUAGAGGCGAUGGACGAAUGGAUUGUACACAUUUGGCUCCCAAAGUUCACAAUCCGAAGAAAAUAUUCCCUUAUCGACAAUCUAAAGAAGCUUGGAAUUAAAGAUAUAUUCACAGGACGGGCUGACUUUAGUGCUAUGUGCGGUGACUGUGGUGUGAUGGUCAGUGAGGUCGCACAUGAGGCUGUAGUGGAUGUCAAUGAAGGAGGUACGGAGGCGAGUGGCGCAACAUCAGUCAUUAUAGAUAGGAAUCUACCAGCAAUCCGAGUAGACCAUCCAUUUAUAUUCCUCAUAAGACACAAAGCUACAGGUACAAUAAUGUUCAUGGGACGAGUGACAGACCCAACCACAUCUGCAGAUACAACAUUAACCAAUGAUUCACCACCCAAAACCACUUCACCACCAAUCACUACCACUUACAAAUCACUAUCCACCACUUCCCCUCCCACAACCUGCCUGUCCAAAAAGCCGUGUCGUGUCAAGAAGGGGGUACUGAAUAAAUCUUGCUGUGGGUGUAAAAUGAAGUUUAUUGACCCACAGACAAAUAAAACUAUGGCCGCCAGAAAUCUACUGAAGAAGUACAAAAGGCUGGGAAUAUGUGACAAAGAACCGUGCAUCUCUAAACAAUGUAGGAAGAAAUUCGGCGAGAAACCUUAGAAAUUUACUUUGGUGGUUAAUUACAAUUCAUUAGGUGUGAAAGCAUUUAGUUAAAAAUGACCAUUUCAAAAGAAAUAAAGGCAUCUAUUUUGCUAAGUUGUCGAUUCUCCUUUGAUUUUGUGAAGGUCAUUAUGCUUACCCUAAUUGGGAUACAAUAAUUUUUUCUUCCGACAAAAUAUUUCUCCUCAAACAAUUAAACCAAAAUACUAACUCACAUGUACAAUUACAUACAAUUUUAGCUUACAUUGUUAUAUGCUCUCUGCGUCUCUAAUUAUCAGCAAUGUUUCAGAACACAGCACCAGAAAAGUAGAAUACUUAUUCUAUUCUGUCUUAUGACGGUCGACACUAAUGACACUAAGAUUGAGAGAAAAAGGGUACAUCUAGAAAUGAUUUUUUCAUCUUUCAAUCAAUGGAGGAUUUGAGAACCAAGCCAACCACCCAAUUUAUAAAGUAAUUAAAUACAGAUUAUCAGAUCAUUUUAAGUGAUAUCACUUUCAUCGAUCAUGAAUUGAUAUCCACGAGGCAACAAAAUGAUAUUAAUAAAAAUGAUCGGAUAUUGGGUUUAUAUGAUUACAAUCAAAAAAAUGAAAAAUUCAAAUUCGUUUCUACGGUUAUGGGGCCAAUAAACGAUAUCAGC